UAAAUUACAUGAUUUUAAACGGUGUCAAAUGCCGGAAAUCAUUUUUUCAUUAUUAUCAACACAUCAUACUCACUGUAUACUUUAUGUACUUCGCAGCGUGUUGUCUACAAUGAAAUAAUAAACACCGAAUCGUUCCAGUUGCGACGACCUUGUUCAGACAUGACGCCAGCCAAGCCGAGUCGAAUUUGUUGCGUCUGCAGGAAACUCUUCUGUUGCGCGGAUUGCCGUGAGCGACACGAGAAAAAUAAACACGCGAACCGGCAAAUGAACUGUCCACUCUGCAUGUCUCAGAAACUUCCGUUAAAACCAAUCGAAGAUACGAAGUUAUUUUGUCACAUAGUGAUCACCCAUCUGCCUCUUCACUGUUCUUUGUGCGGUGAAAUUUUCAAACAGAGCAAGGACUUAGAAUCAUUUGGAACUUGCAAGUGGUGGAAGGCUCGGCAGCGUCAUUCACUGGUCACCCAACAAAAAUCCGAACUGAAAACACCGCCACUGCUAUCGGAAGGAAAAGAAUCAUCCGCAUACAAUGGAAACUCGUGUUCAUUGACGUCUCCUCCAGAACUCUACAGAAACACCAGCACACCCAUGGGUGUGUGCCAGAAGACGAGCUUCGACUUCAUAACGCCGAACGUACCGAAUUUCUCGCUGCAAACACCGCAGACCGACACUGCGUCUUUGAACACAGAUUAUCAAAGUUGCACUUCGAAAGUUGAAAAUUCUGGUAGCAACUAUAUGAGCUUUCCUUCGACGACCAACCACGAGGAAACUCCGUUUCGUUCCGUCCCUUCUACUCGCAGCAAUAAGGACGAACUACCGCGAAGCAACUCGAGAAAUCUAAAUAUCAUGAACAAUCAGAGUAACGUUAAUUCUAAUGAACAUUCUAAUGAUAAUCAUUGCGUCGAGGACAUGGAGUUAACCGGAGUCGAAAGUAAAAUACUGCCAGACUCCCAAGGGUUGGAAAAUCCAAAGUCGAGACGCUCUGAUUCAUUGAAGAGGGUGAGGUUUUCGGAUGAGUAUCAGAAUCAUCCAGCAUCCAGCACGAUGAAUACACCGAAUAUGACGACAAACGAAGAGUACUACGAAGCGUGUGACACAUUGUCCGACAUUAAGGAGUCUCUGGAGAAUUCUCAGAUGGAUAUGUACGCGGAGAACAUCAAGAAUGCUGAGAAAGAAAAUCGUAGCCCGGACAAAGCGAACGCGAACGCGAAUUCAAACGGUGAAGCAGUAUCUGGUUCCUCCCGAGUGGUGAUGAUGGUGGUCGUGGAGAACAAUUCCACCCUCUCCACUUCAGAUGUAAUAGAGACUAGUCUGAAGAAACUAGGACGCAUCGCUUCCAGUGUGAAACUUUCAAGCAGUGAUCACAGCUCUCCCGCUUCCAUAACAUCUGUAGACAGCUAUUACAGCGUGACGAGUCGUAAUUAUCGUUCAUCGCCAACUGAAUCAAACAGUUCCGUCAGUAGAGACUCGAACUCUUCAACAGUCAGCAACGACAGCAUCAGCUCUGGUGGAAUUUUGUCCGUGUUCGCCAAUGCAGUGAGAAACGUCAUGAAAAAUUUUCCUGGGGUAGGAACCUCCAGAACUUUGGAAGAGCAGCAAUCUUCUCAGGACACCUUACCAAGACUGUCUUCCUCAGAAUCGCUCAGUUCUGAGUUGAAUUUACCGCCUUCUCUUUUGCAGAGAGCAGGAAAACGUCCAAGAGAUACCAUCGAAAGUUCGCCCUCGUCACCUAGACAACUCGAGUUCAGUAGCCCCCUUCCAAAACGACCCCGCGGAUGGUACAGAAUUAAAGGACGAGAACCGAUCGCGAGGAUGCGAAAUAAUCGGAUCACGUCUCCUAGAGGAAUAUCUUCGGAGACUCAAGUUUUCCAUCAAGGAUCAUUGUCCGUCGGUGACACGGUUCUUCCCCUUCCUUCCAGAGCACACCAGUCCACGCAAACUGACUGAUGAUUAAUUUUAUUCGGAUUUUGACAAUUGAUAUUAGAUUAUUUUUAUUGUAUAUGGCAUUAUUGAAAUUUUAUAACUGUACAUAAACUCGUUGAAACGAUAUGAGUUACGUGUUGGUUGAAACGAUUUUAAUACUUUAUUUUUAUUAAUUGUUUAACUGUUAUUGGGCAUUGUUUUUCUAGUACAAAGAAUUAUUAUAAAGAUUGUAACGUUUUUUUUAUUGUUAAUUAAAGAGCAAUAUUUAACAUUA